UCCCCCUCGACAGCGGCUGAUUGGCCCGCGGAGUCUCCGCGUUCGAUUUGGGAGGGUUGGCUCAGCUGCUCGCUGCAAGGCUGUGGCCGAGGAUUGGCUGUUGAGGGGCUCAGAGCACUUUCUCCGGGGAACUGUGGCUGCGAUCCAGGUGGCUCGGCCAGGAUCCCCGCUGCGUUCUGCCCACCUCGGGCACCCAAGGCAACCAGAGCGCCCGUGAUGGGGACCCCAGCCUCUGUUGUGAGUGAGCCACCCCUGUGGCAGGUUUCAACUGAGGCCCGGGGGCGAAAGCAGGCCUCUGCUAACAUCUUCCAGGAUGCGGAGCUGGUGCAGAUCCAGGGCCUGUUCCAGCGCAGUGGGGACCAGCUCGCUGAAGAGCGGGCCCAGAUCAUCUGGGAAUGUGCGGGGGAUCACCGUGUGGCUGAGGCCCUAAGAAGGCUGCGCAGGAAAAGGCCCCCGAGGCAGAACCACUGUGGCCGGCUGAGAGCGCCAGAGCCUGGUUCUACAGCGGCCGACCCACAGGACAGCACUGCUGACAUGGCUUCCAGUGAGCAGUUUGGGAACUCCCGGAGGACAAGUGCCAGAGUCCACCGAAGCUGGAAUAAGCCGGGUCCCACAGGUUACCUCCGCCAGAUCAGACACUGACCCAGUGAAGGGGUGGGGAGGCCCUCCCCCCUCAGAUAUUACAGGGACUUUGCCAAAGGGCUAUGGAGUUGCAGGGAGGCCAUAGGACUGCCAUCCUCAGUUCAGAGCAGAGCCGGCAUUCA